AUGGUAGGAACGCGGGACGUACCUCCUUCGUCUUCAUCAAGAUCAAUUUCCAAAUGUCAAAAGAUUAUGAGUCCAUGGGCUCCAUCUACAACUAAUGUUACUCGUCGAUCACAGUACACACCACCAUCUACAUGGAUAAGAGAAUCCAUGCUUGGACAACGACAAACUGGUUCUUUUCAACUUGAUAAAGGAAAAAUUGUUGUAGUGUCAAUGCAAAGAUUAUCAUUUUUCGAAUGGGCUAAUAUGGUAACUGGUGGUGAUAAUGGUGAUAAUUAUAGAGUUGUUAAUAAUAACAAUUCUUACGUUGAACAUGAAACUAAACGAAGCAAAACUGAUAGAGAUGGAACGAUUGGUUUUAAUAAUUCUGGAAUGGAUUCGGCUAGAUUAAUUGGUAAUCAUAACUCGUUAAUACCUGAAUCUGCUUAUAUAAGUCAAUCAAGACGUGGAAGUGACACUUCAACAAU